CGAAGCCACUGACAUCAGCCUUGACAGAACUUGUCGGUGUCAUCGAUUAUAUUGCAUUCGCUGAUAUACAGUAAGACGGACCCCAGGACUACCUAGAUAACAUCUUCACCACGGAUAACUCAACGCCCAUACGUGAGGCCAUGACAUUGGUCACUGAAUGGGCGAGUGACUACGGUAGUAUUUCACGUAACUUACAGGGUAUGCGAGCUUUUGCGCAUACGGACAGGCUGUUACCAAUGGCAGGCGCGUACGAUAUUUAUGGCUUGCAGGGGCGCAGACAGACACUCGGAUACUCUCAGCCUUGUUGUCUGUCGCAGGUAAGCUGAGAGCAUCAUCGAGCGACGUCGUCUUUUCAUAUCCUCUCAUACAUUUACUCGUGUGUUAUUCACUGUUGUACCGAUAUCUUCACUUCACCCUUGCGAUUACAGCCAUGGUUUGUGGCGGCAAGCUCAUCUGCGACGCGCGGAACACUGCCAUACUAGCAAAUCCCGACGUUGCAGGCUAUGGAGUUCUUGUGUCGUUUGUACUCUCGGCUCUGCUUACAGUCGGAGCUGUGAUAUGCGCGUAUCUUUCGGAUUCAAUGCCCGAAAAGUACCUUAGCAAAACGGACGAGGCCUUCAUUAAAGAGUUCCAGCGCAUCAAGAAGAAUUUGCCAUUCCGCCUUUUGCCCGCCAAGUUACGUCCACCACCUACUGAACGACAGGGAAAGCUCAGUCGGGAGAAACGUGUGGAAGCAUUCGACCGCUUCAUAUUGUCGUUGAGCGACCAACAGCUUGCGACUGGCUUGGCGAUUCUGAUAGCUGCCAUCGCAAACCAAUGUACGCUUUCACCCCCUGAAUUUCGAAUUGCGUUCUCAUUAGCAUGGUUCUCAACUACUACACAUCUGGCGACACUUGACAGUUUACGGCAGUAUUUCACAAAACACAAGACUCUACGAAAUGUGCGAGUAUUUGGUAUGCUCACCUUCAUGGUCUUGUUCCUCUAUUGCUUCAUUGUUGUAUUGGUCAUGGAAAAUAGUCCCGAUAACAUCGUUCCGGUUCAAUGCCAUGUCCAAGGUUCGGUCAGAACGUAUAAGGAUGAGGAGAUCACUCUCUCGACCUACUUCUGGCCCUGGGCGAUGACGGCCCUUAUCAUCAUAUUUGCAUACAAGUCCAAGCUCCUCCGCACGUACUCAUACGGGUCGAACGACUUCAUUGGCUUAGGACGCUACUCAAAGAAUGUGCUAUCUCUCUGGAGCCGGUGGAGAUAUCCGAAAGAAAUGCAAUUACCAAUUAUGGAACCUGAUCAGUGGAACUACGUCCGGAAGGAAGCCGCCGAGGAGCUUUUUGCUGGGCGUCGUCAACGUCUUCUCAUGGAUCUCGUACUCAAAAGCAAGGAUCCUGCCUUUAUAACCGAACUAGCCAACGCAUGGAAGUAUGCCGAAUACAGAUAUUGGCAUUCAAUGCUUCCACUGGUACCACCAAUGACAUUCAUGCUUGUCUUUGGUCUUGCCCAGAUGAUACUCUUCCGUUGGGAGUUGGGUGACUACAAAGCCAUUGAAGUCGACACAUCCAUGGGUUUUGGACAGAUUAUCCCACUAAUACUACUUGCACUGCCUUUUCUUGCUGCAGCCGAGAUAUAUCAAGAAUCCAGGUCGGCCUCCCCACCGGGUACGAAGUCGUUAACGUCUAAUACCGUGGUGAUCAGCGAACCAAGUUCAGCCGUAUCACCAACGCGAGUCGAUCGAAUGCCGACCCUCCGAGUGACCUCAUCCGCUGAUGUUAACGAUCCUCGUUUGGUCCAAUUAGAAGAACAAGGACGCGAAUAUGACAAUGAGAUAGCCAACGUCAAAAGAUACUUCUAUCGGGAAGUGGAAGAAGUGAAAAUGCAGCACACAAACGCCAAGACGGAUCAAGAAAUGAGAGUCAUCCUCAUUCGCAAAGAGCAGCUACUAAAAGACACCAAAACCUGUUUUGAGGCUGAAAACAAGAUGAAGGGCAAAGGGGUUCCUCUAAAAAUCGCCUCGCUUCUCUACAUGCGGGUGACUUUUCUUGCCGCGGCAGCUAUUCUUCUUAAUCUGCCACGUAGGCAUUUCAUUGGUGGUAUCAUUGGAGGAGCGCUGCUGCUCAUGCAGCUCAGCUCGCAGUUAUAUGUGUGGAUCUCUACAUUGCGGGGGACGGAAGUCAAGGUUUACGUUCGGUUGUUGGCAAAGUUCGACGAGAACAAGCAGGGAAGGCUGCGUGCUCAGUUGCAUUAGCUUUUGACACACUUAGUCUGAGUUCGCGACUGUUCCUGCAUUCCUUCUCUCAAGACGGAGCAGACCAUCCAUCUUGUCUCAUGAUGGAAAGUGGCGGUUUAGAAGCCGCCCUUCUAUACAUCCACGAACGAUGUGUCUAGAAGAUCUACUAAAUCGCUAUAGAUGUCGUGUUACACAAGAAAUGGUGAUGGUUGGAUGAGCGUGGACAAAUUGCAUGGUGGCACUUCAACCAAGAUCGCGAGACUGACUGGAAGUCAACCACGUAAGUAGUCUUACGAGACUUCGCUCCAUUUCCAAGAUUCAGGACUGUUGUAUGGGAAUCACAUUAUGUACCAUGAAGGAAGGAGACAUCAUCGUCAUACUGGAAAGAGGGGACACUCCGUUGAUACUAAGGCCACAUGGGCAAGAGCUUAACAAAAGUAUCCAGGAUGUGCAUGAGUGGGAUUUCAAUGCCGAAAGUUAUUUACACGGC